ACUCAUGCAGCUGAUGCUUGUGCAGCUCAAACGACUGUUCAAGUGAACGGCUGUUUGCAUUCAUCAGAAGCUGUCGGAGGGAAAUCUGUGUUUCAAAGGAGGAUUUAUGGUCUGGAUUCAGGGAACAGCACCGGGUCGGGACAAACGGAGCCCACAGAGCCGAGCAACAGACAUCAUGGUGAAGGUCAGGCGAGCUCUACGGCUGGUGCUGGGCAUGCUCAAUCUGUCCCUGCUGCUAGUGGUGCUGGGGGUCUACACAACGACCCGAACAGAGAGCCUGAAUGUGACUGGCUAUGCAUCUGGAGUUAUUCUCACCCUUGGAUCCUUCCUGGGACCUGGACUCUGGCUGGAAGAAAACCGCAGGCAGCUGCUGACCGCUGCCAUUGUCUUUCUCAGUUUCGGGAUCGUCGUCUCUUCUGUGUGCUUGGUGAUCGACGGCGUCUGCAUUGCCUUAAAUAUGGACAUGCGGCCACUGAAAGCAGGGAGAUGUCAGUAUUACAGCAGCGGCAACUGCUACAUCUAUGAGAAUUUCUACACUUCUGUGUCGUGUUGGAGUCUAAAGGAGUCUUGUACCAUGACGGUAAGAAGUGGAACCUGUUACUGCUGCGACCUGUAUGACUGCGCCAAUGGAGGCUACCUCAGCAACUACUAUGAAUUUGUUGGAGUAGAAAGCUGUGAGGAAGUCUUUACAGUGUACAUUUUAAUUUGGACCCUCGCCGGCCUCAACCUCGUGGCCUUCUUCACAGGAAUACUCACCACAGCAGUGCUGGGCAGCAUUAGAGAGUUGUGGAGCAGCAGCCCUGUGGCUGAUCCCUCUGAGAAAACAGCAUCUUCCCCAACAGCUCCUCUGCUGAUGGACGCCAAUAUACACACAGCACACCAGCUCCACCCAGUCAAUGGAGGAUCGUCGUUUUGCUCUUCAGCAGAGAAGGCCAACCCGCCUCCCUUCGCCCCACUGGCCGGCGUGCCGCCUUGCAGAGCCCACGGCAUGUCUGUGUGAGCAGCAGAUUCACGGGACGAUGCCUCGUUAUUGUUGGGUGCAUUUUAAACAGCAGAUGCAGCUUAAAGCGGACAUGCAGAAGUUUAAUGGAAAGCGUCUGCAGCUACUUUACAUUAUAUGCAAAGAAGAAAACAGCUUACCUAAAGCCUUUGAGUGUAAAAUGUUUGCAAAUGCAGUGCUUUGUCCUAUAAAUCUUUUCAUUGUGGACUUUGUGCGUAAAAGGCUUCCUUUUUCCCCUGACACCAGGCAGAGUUAAAACUUUGCAUGACCUAAAUGUCUCAUAGAAGAUAUAUCGCUGAUAUUACUCGAUGAUGAAUAAACAGAUUGA